CGCCCGCCUCCAGCCGAGCCCGGCGUGCAGACCGGAGGCAGUCACGCUCCGGCCUUCUUCGCCCGCCACCCGCCGAGCCAGGCCGGAGCGAGGCGCGCCUGUCGGUUCCGCGGUCACUCUCUGGGUCCCGGCAGUCCAGAAGAUCCGGCCGUCGGCGAUGUUUUAUUUCCACUGUCCACCACAGCUGGAGGGCACCGCACCCUUUGGCAACCACUCUACAGGAGAUUUUGACGAUGGGUUUCUGCGCAGGAAACAGCGCCGGAACCGGACGACAUUCACUCUUCAGCAGCUGGAAGCUCUUGAGGCAGUUUUUGCCCAGACGCACUACCCCGAUGUCUUCACUAGAGAAGAGCUGGCCAUGAAAAUAAACCUCACGGAAGCCAGAGUGCAGGUUUGGUUUCAGAACAGAAGGGCCAAGUGGAGGAAAACAGAGAGAGGAGCUUCUGACCAGGAGCCAGGAGCCAAGGAGCCUAUGGCAGAGGUGACACCACCGCCUGUGAGAAACGUCAAUUCCCCACCCCCUGGGGACCAGGCCCGGAACAAGAAGGAGGCCCUGGAGGCCCAGCAGAGCCUGGGGCGAACUGUGGCUCCCACAGGACCUUUCUUUCCCUCCUGCUUGCCGGGAACCCUCCUGAAUACUGCCACAUAUGCCCAGGCCCUGUCACAUGUUGCCUCCCUAAAAGGGGGCCCGCUGUGUUCUUGCUGUGUCCCAGAUCCCAUGGGGCUCUCCUUUCUCCCCACCUAUGGCUGCCAGAGUAACCGCACAGCCAGUGUGGCCGCCUUGCGCAUGAAGGCUCGUGAGCACUCAGAAGCCGUCCUGCAGUCAGCCAACCUCCUGCCAUCCACCAGCAGCAGCCCUAGCCCUGCAGCCAAGCCGGCACCCCCUGAUGGCAGCCAGGACAAGACCCCUUCUGCCAAGGAACAGAGCGAGGUUGAGAAGAGUGUAUGA